AUGUCGCGGAACAACGGAAAUCCGGACGGCGAUCAAGCAGGAUUCUCGGUAGGAGGAGAAGAAAACGUGUCAGCAGUCUCGAUGUCGGAAGUUAUGCGUCAGAUGGCAAUCCAGAACAACCGUCUGAUGGCCCUACUGGAACAAGUCACCGGAGGGACACAACCGGCACAACGAAAAAACGGAUUAACAUUCGACCGCUGGUUCUCAAAAUACGAAGAUCUCUUCAGACAGGACGGCAGAAACCUGGACGACCCGGCGAAGGUGCGGCUAUUACUCCGUAGCCUCAGCGUUUCCGUUCACGAGAAAUUUUUGAAUUAUCUCCUGCCGAGCCACCCACGCGAUUAUACGUUCGAUCAAGUUGUGGAGAAGUUGAAGACAAUUUUCGGACAGCAGAAGUCUAUUUUCAGAAAGCGCUACGAUUGCCUCCAGCUAUCCAAGAAUGAAGCGGAUGAUUUCGUCGCCUAUGCUGGUAUCGUCAACCGGCAGUGCGAAGAAUUCGAACUACAGAAACUGUCAGUCAACCAAUUCAAGAGCCUUGUUUUCAUCUGCGGACUGAAAUCUGCGAAGGACACGGACGUGAGGACCCGACUUCUAUCAAAGCUCGAGUCUGAUACAGCCGAUACCAACAUCGAAGGAUUAGUGACCGAAUGCCAACGUCUGUCAAACUUGAAGCAUGAUACGGCGUUGGUCGAGAAGAAGCAUUCAUCUUCAGCGGUUCAAGCGGUUCGUCAGUUCAAGAAGCAAGGCCAGAAGCAGUCAAAGGCGACAAUUCAAGACGGUAACGGUAAACUUCCUCCAUCCCCGUGCUGGCAGUGUGGAGCCAUGCACUUUGUGAAAGAUUGCCAGUUCUCAAAACAUAUAUGCAAGCAGUGUGGAAGAAUGGGCCAUAAGGAAGGGUACUGCAACUGUUCAUCGAAAGCUUCAGCAUCAACAUCCACUGUCGACAAGAAGAUCAGCAAAAAGGAUAAGAAACUCCAUAUGAAGACAAUCCAAUCUGUGAAGCACAUUCGGAGUCGAAGACGUUACGUGACGGUCAUCUUCAACGGCAUCGAAGCAGAGUUGCAGCUUGACUGUGGCUCGGAUAUCACGUUGAUCUCACAAGAAACCUGGGAGAAGAUUGGCAAGCCUGCUAUCAAAUCCACUCGAAUGGAAGCGACUACAGCGUCUGGAGAACCUCUGGAACUUCUUGGAGAAUUCGCAACUACUGUCAGCAUCAGCGAUGUUUCUCUGAAGCAGCAUUGCUACAUCACUUCGGUCGAAGGUCUCAACGUGAUCGGUUUAGAUUGGAUGGACGCAUUUGAUCUGUGGUCAAAACCUCUCGUUGCCCAUUGCAAAAGGGUGAAUUUGAAGAAGUUUCCCCACGACGAUCAACACUUCGUUACACGGUUUCCGGAAGUCUUCCAGGACGGAUUGGGUCACUGCACGAAAACGAAGAUCAGUCUAACCCUGAGACCAGAUGUGCAGCCAAUUUUCCGGCCAAAGCGACCAGUACCAUUCCAUGCCACUCAAAAAGUCGAAGAGGAACUGGACCGACUCCAAAGCUUGAACAUCAUAACACCCAUCGAUUUUUCGGAUUGGGCAGCCCCGAUCGUUGUCGUCAAGAAGCCUGGCGGAAAGGUCCAUAUAUGCGCCGAUUAUUCCACCGGACUCAAUGAGGCACUAGAAGCAAACCACUACCCUCUACCAACUCCAGAAGACAUUUUCACCAAACUCGCAGGCAAGCGUGUUUUCAGUAUCAUUGAUCUUUCCGACGCCUACCUACAAGUGGAGGUUGAUGAUGUUUCUAAGAAGCUCCUGACAAUCAACACCCAUCGUGGAUUGUACAGAUUCAACCGGUUGGCACCUGGAGUAAAAUCAGCACCUGGCGCUUUCCAGCAGCUCAUGGCGAAGAUAAUAGCAGAUUUGGAAGGAGUUGACGCUUUUCUGGAUGACUUCAUCGUUCACAGCGAAGACGAAGAAAACCACUAUAGAAUCCUCACUGCACUCUUCAAGCGACUUCGCGAAUACGGUUUCCGUUUGCGUCUGGAGAAAUGCAAGUUCAACCAGGAAGAGAUCAAAUAUCUGGGACUCAUUGUCAAUGAAAAUUGA